AUGUCAACUCAGCAUCGUGAAACCUACCCCAAUGACAGAGAGAAUGACGAAAAUAAGAUAUCAAUGAAGGGUCCAGGUUUUCGUCUUAUAUUCGAUCAAUCCAGGUUUACAAAUAUUUCCUUUUCAUACCUGAAUCGAAAUGGAGUAAAGAAACAGAUAGUGCUGAGUAUCAGAGAAGAAAGAGAGUUCUUAACAGUCGGUGUACAGCCUCAGGACGAACGAAACAUCGGAGUGGAACUAGACACUGCUCCCGAAACUUCGGGGUCGGAGACACACGAUGAAGAAAUGUCCGAGAUAGGACCACUGAGAUCUGAUGAAGGAGGCAAGUUUCUCUGGGAUUGCUAGAGGAGUGAUCACGGAAC